AUGUCUUCAUACGUUAAAGGGGGCGCAUGGACAAGUAUAGAAGAUGAAAUUUUAAAAGCAGCUGUACAAAAAUACGGCACCAAUCAAUGGGCAAGAGUUUCUUCAUUGUUGCCCAAAAAGACAGCGGCUCAAGCGAAGUCGCGAUGGGUGGAAUGGUUGAAUCCGUUGAUCAGUAAGUCUGGAUGGACAUCUGAACAGGAUAAACGAUUGAUUGAACUCACUCGACUAUUACCCAAUCAAUGGAGAUCCAUAGCUUCCAUUAUAGGGAGGACAGCAACUCAAUGUAUCGAGCGAUAUCAACUAUUGAUAGAUGAAGCGUCAGGGAGUGAGAGCAAUAAUGACUUGAAAUUAACUGGCCCGGGGAUCGAAACUUUACCAGCAGUGGGCCAACCAACUGCUCAAAUUAUUGAUAAUGAAGCAGUACAUGACCCAAAUUUUGCUCAUGAAACUCAACCUGCCAAGUUGGAAUCCGAUGAGGAUGAGGACAUGGAAGAUGAUGAUCGGGAAAUGCUUGCUGAGGCUAAAGCUAGAUUAUCCAAUACUCAGGGUAAAAAGGCGAAACGUAAAGCUCGUGAAAGAAUGUUGGAUGAAAGUAAAAGAUUAGCAUUGCUUCAAAAGAGAAGAGAUAUGAAGGCAGCGGGACUCAACAUUAGCUUGCAAGCGAAGAACAAACGAGCAAAGAAAGAGUUUGACUACAAUGCAGAUAUACCUCACGAAAUUGUACCCCCUGCUGGACCUUAUGAUGUAAGUGAAGAGAAUAGAGAAAAUGAAGUGGAAUUGGAGCAAUUUUUGAACAAGGUGGCUCACCUGGGAAUGAGCUUGAAGGAAAUUGAUGACAAAAUUGAUGCUAUGCAAGAAAAGUCUAAAGUAGAAAAGAAGAGGCGACGUAAAAGUGAUUCGGAUAAAGACCAUGAAGAGUCCAACUUGAGGGAGGAGAUAGAGUUCAAGAGACAAAAGGGGGCAUCCACUGAGUCAGUGACUGAAAAGAAAAAGCCGGAAAUUACACUACCAACUCCUACAAAGAAGCCUAAUAAGGCCCUUGCAUCAGUUGCGAAAGCUUUUUUUGAGAAGUUACCCGAGCCCAAGCAUCAUAAUGGUGUGCCUGCUCCAAUACAUAAUGAAUGCCGUAAUGGCAAAAACUCAGUAGCACCGAGCUCUGCGAUGGCUGAUGCAAUACCACAGAGAGUUGCUUUAUGUCGAAAGGGCACAAUACAGAGAGUUUCUCAAGUUAUACAGAGAGACUUGGUAAUUCCCGAUCCACAUGGGUUGAAAAAGUGGGCUGCAAACUCAAAAGAUGAUGGUACCCAAAAAGAACUUGCUGAAGAGUUUAAAUAUUUGAUAGCCGCAGAUUAUCGAAUGUCCAAAGAUCCUAGUUUUUGUACUUCAUUAGUUGUGGAGGUUAACAAAGAAACAUUUGACAAGGUGAGUAGAGAAGUUGAAGCGGAAUGUAUAAAGUUGCAAGAGGCAAAGAAAGGACGCCUGUCUGCCGCAAAAUCUUUACUUUCGGACGUGGUUGUCGACAGAUUACUAGAUUCCCUAGAUGGUCCAAAGAGCUCCACUGGGACCGAUGAUGCCAAGAAUGAAACACACGGAGCGGAAGUGGAGAGUCGGAUUCAAAAUUCAUCAGACGCAGUAGAUAGACCACGUCAAUCUCACUCGCAUGAUGAUGUAAUGUCUAUUGAGGCUGAAAUCGAAGGGUUUAAACAAGAAGCAAGACAGAUUUUUGACCGCCUUGAACUUGUUCGAGGAAGAUUACAGUCAAAUGAAAUUCAAAAUGUAUAG